AUGGCGGACGCGGACAACAUGGAGGAGGAAGAUCUCUUCGCUGAUCUUUACGACAAUGACGAAAGCGCGCCUUCAAAAGACCAGAUCGUUACUCAGGCACAUGUGCCCGAGCCCGCCGAAGCGACUGAAACGCCAGGCUAUGGCGAAGAGCCAGACACCGGUCAUGAUCCCUCGGCUUUCGACAAUGAUACUGGUAUGCAAGAACAGCCUGCCAAUGGCGCGGCCACGGAAGCUGCAAGUGAGACACACGAGUAUACUAGAGAAGAGGAGCCUGGCAUUCGGAUGAAAGAAGAUGGAAAGAUGUUCAUCGGAGGACUUAAUUGGGAAACCACAGAUCAAUCUCUCCAUGACUACUUCUCUCAAUUCGGCGAGGUCCAAGAGUGCACUGUCAUGCGCGAUGGCGCCACCGGCCGCUCAAGGGGCUUCGGCUUCCUCACCUUCAAAGACCCCAAGACCGUCAACACUGUCAUGGUCAAAGAACACUACCUGGAUGGAAAGAUCGUACGUGUAGCCCAUCACUUUUCUGAAACAAGCCCGGAGACAUGGGGCAACCCCAAUCCCAAUGCCCGAAGGUCCCGUGGGCGCAAGAAGAACAUGCGCUUACAAAAUCAGAUUGACCCGAAGCGUGCCAUACCGAAGGACGAGCAAGAAAAGACCGCCAAGAUCUUCGUCGGUGGUGUGAGUCAAGAUGCGACCGAAGCAGACUUUACCGACUUCUUCGAGCAGUUCGGACGAGUCAUCGAUGCCACACUCAUGAUGGAUAAGGACACCGGCCGUCCACGAGGCUUUGGGUUCGUCACAUUCGAUAACGAUGCCGCGGUCGAGAGAGUACUGGCCCACUUCCCGCUCGAGAUCCUCAACAAGCCGAUCGAGGUCAAACGUGCUCAGCCACGCGGCAAAAUGGGAGAAGAGGAAGAGUUUCGUGGCGGCCGAGGCCGUGGCGGCAAGUUCGGGCGAGACGACCGCUUCGGUAAUGACGGCGGUAACAAUGGCAACAGCCAGAACCAGGGUCCAAAUAUGCAGGGCAUGAACGGCAUGUCGCCACAGAUGAUGGCUCAGUACUGGCAGCGCAUGCAAACCUACUUCGCCAUGAUGCAGCAACAGAUGAUGGCCAACGCCAUGGGCGGCGGCAUGGGUCAGAUGAAUCCUCAGAUGAUGGCACAGAUGCAGCAGAUGCAACAAAUGCAGCAGAUGCAGAAAAUGGCCGCAGGCGGACAGAACAUGAGUCCUCAACAGAUGCAGCAGAUGCAAGCCAUGAUGAAUGGUGGUGCAGGUGGCAUGAAUGGCGGCAACAUGGGCGGAGGCGGUGGUCGCGGCAGGGGCUUCAACACCAAUGAGCAAAUGGCGUUCGAGCAGCAAAAAUACGAGAAUCAAGCUAGGCGCGGCCCACCUGGCGGUCCGAAGGGUAACAACAACGCUGGACAAGGUGGCGCACCGCAGUCGUGGGAGGGUAUGUACGAUGAUGUGCCGCAGCCGGAGGGUGCGGGCGGAAGUCAGGGUGGAAGGUCGUCUGCUGGUCCGAUGCGGAGUGGCACCCCGAACACGAAGGCUCCGAAGAACGCCCCGACUGGUCCGAGCAAUGCUCCUGCGAAUGCGCCGACGGGUCCGAAGAGCGCUGGUGGUGGCGGUGGACGUGGUGGAUGGGGCAGGGGACGUGGAGGUGGUCGCUUUCAUCCUUAUGGACGUUAG